UACCAUGUCCAUCCCUAUAAUAUAGAUGCACCUGGUGACGUGAAGAAAGUGUUGAUUGGCAACAAGUGUGAACUGGAGUCCGAGAGAGUUGUCUCCAGGGCACGGGGUGAAGAAUAUGCAGCCGCCCUCGAAAUUCCUUUCUUGGAGACUAGUUGCAAGACCAACCACAAUAUUAAGGAGGCCUUUGAGAUUCUGGUGCGGCAAAUUCUCUUUCCUCACCUCAGCUACAGAGCUUUUAUUAGUGAUGAAAAAAUCCAGGAGAUCAUAGACAAGGCUCUCGAAUCACAGUCUCUAAACAUAAGGAACAUUGUGGGCAUCAUCACUGGUCUCAUGGGCUCCGGUAAAACAUGGCUCCUUAACCGUCUCUUCAACCAACUCCCUCCUCGCCUCUACAACAGUACUGGUCUGGCUGAGCAGUCACUGCGAAGCAUGCUCCACCACAUGAUUGACGUGUCUUCCGAAUCUUGGGAGCCUUUCUCCAACAACCAAAUCCUCGAGCUUCUAGCGUGUGUCUUCCAGCUACCACAGCCUAGUGUAGAGCUACCAUCGUCUAGCGUAGAGCCUGGUGCUUCCUCACCCACAACCACAUCCUCAGACUCAGCAAAUUCUCCGCUUUCUCCACAUUCCACACCACGCUCAUCACCUGAGGCAACUAACAGCUCCACAGUUUUACCCACCGAUCGAAAUAGUGUUGUCACGGAAUCUCCUGAAAUGCCCAAGAGCUCCACAAUGCAGUCCGUGGUGAAACACAUCAAGUAUUCAGAGAAGGCCAAGUACCCAGAGAUCCUCGAGCUGGUUCACAUGAUUGACACCGGAGGCCAGCCGGAGCUACUGGAGAAUUUACCAAGUCUCAUCCACCACUGUCACCUUGCUAUACUGGUCCUAAAUCUCAUGUUUGGUCUCGAUGAGCAUCCCUCCAUUACCUUCCACAAGGAGGGAAAGGCCCUCAAGCGAGUUGCACCUUUCCAGUACUCCAACAGGCAGAUCAUUCAGAAGCUAGCGUCCACCCUGCAAGCCAAGAGGUUCUCCAAGAGAGAGGGCCAGUGCUUCCGGCUGCUGGUAGUAGCCACACACAGAGACUGUGUGCCAAUAUUCAGGCUCUCAGCCAGAGUUAAAGCCUUUGACCAGGCUUUGAGGGCUAUCCUAUUGCCAUCCAGCAAGAAAGAGCUCAUCUGCUUCUCAGCCGAUCAGAUUCCAUUUGUCCUCAACCUCAAGAAGCCUACCAAGCAGGACAGGGAACGACUCGACCUUAUCCGCAGUGUGGUAAUCAAGAGUGCGGUAGGAGAGGUGGUCAAGACACCAGCGUCCUUUCUCGUUUUCGAACAGGAAUUGAUGGAGUUCGCAAGGCAACGCAAUCAUAGUGGAAUCCUUCGCGUCAGCGAGUGCAUCACUAUUGGUUCAAGGCUUAAGAUGAAACCAGAAGAUGUAGAGGCUGCUUUGAUCUUCUUCCAUCGCCAGUUUUCCCUCCUGUACUUCCGCCACAUCCUCCCCAACCUUGUCUUCACAAAGCCCCAAACACCACUCGACUGCAUUAAUGCCGUCGUCAAAUUUAGCUAUGAGGUGGGGACUGGAGAAGUGAAGGGAAUCGCACAAGAACUGGUGUCGUCUAUUAGGGAUGGCAUCAUUUCAGAGGAAAUCCUCAGUCACGAGCAGCUAGCUCAAUGCUUUGUACCUGACCUGUACGAGCCACAGCAUGCUAUAGACCUUCUCUCCCAUACGUUUACCCUGGCUCCACUUAGUCGUGACGUUCAGUCGACGGUAGACGUUAGUCCAGCUUCCUCGAGAAAACCAACUCCACCCAUUGAGAGAGAAAAGAGAGAAUACCUGAUGAUGAGUCUUCAGCAACCGAUCCCUGACAAGGACAUCCUACGACACCUCCCCCCACCUUCUGCAAUAGCUCCACUGGUGGUCCAGUUCACCAACAACUGUGUCCCCCUCAGCUGCUUCUCCAGGACCAUCUCCUGCCUAUUGGCCACGUACGACUGGAAGUUGACCAGAGCUGACGAUGGUUCCCCGCAGUGCCUGUCACACAAUGUCGUCUCUCUCUACAUGCCGCAGACACCUGGCCAGAUUGUUCUUGUCGAUGCUGGUCACAGUUUUCAAGUACACAUCAGUCCCGGCAAAGGAUUGCACCGAAACGACAUGGCCAUGAUAUGCUACCAAGUCAAAGAAACGGUUUUCGCAGCCAUUAAACAAGUCUUUGACUGCCUGAACCUUGCCGGGAUUGAAGCAACCCCAGCCUUCUUCUGCCCUUGCAAGGGAAAACCUCUUUACCACUCG